AUGAGGCUGCUCCAGAUCGCCCUUUUUGCGGCAACUGCGAUCAGCGUUGCAGCAGAAACCAAGAGUGAACCGACAAAAUUUGGCGGCAUAUCUGUUCCUCCUCUGCCAGAAUUCUCGCCCUCAACAUGGGAGACCGACGUUAACAAGACCAAAUUCACCGUUGUUAAGCAUUACAGACUCUCCAGUCCCUAUUGCCACCACUGCACCGCGUUUGCACCCGUAUACCAAACUCUUUACGAGUUCUAUUAUGCCAUGAACCCUCUGCCCAAGAGCGACGAUGCAGGCGCUGUCGGUGAUCUACAAUUCGCUUCACUGAAUUGCGUUGCCCACAGCGACUUUUGUUCCGAGCAUGAAGUCAACGCAUGGCCCCAGACUACACUCUUCAAGAACGGAAAGAAGGUCAAAUCUCUCACUGGUCAGCACACUAUUGCCGAUAUGAGCGAAAUGAUUGAAAAGGCACUCGAGGAGGACAAACCCGGCUCUCGCCCCAAGGAUCUUGCGCUGCCCGAGCCUAGCGCAACAGAAGCCCCAGUGCCUGCAAAGAAGACUCCAGCUGUUGCUAAACCCCCCAAGAAGAUCCCCGACAAUUACAACUUGGACGGUGUCUCCGUGUCCCUGACGGCUGAGUCGUUCCAGAAGCACGUUACUCUUUCGCACGAUCCGUGGUUCAUCAAGUUCUAUGCCCCUUGGUGCUCUCACUGCCAGGCUUUGAAGCCAACCUGGGAGCAGCUUGCGAAAUCUAUGCGCGGAAAGCUCAACAUUGGCGAGGUCAAUUGCGACCAGGAAAAGCGCUUGUGCAAGGACGUUCACGCCAAGGCCUACCCUACCAUUCUUUUCUUCAAAGGAGGCGAGCGAGUUGAAUACCGUGGUCUCCGUGGCAUCGGGGACUUCACCAAGUAUGCAGACAGUGCCAUUGAUCUCGCCAGUGGUGUUCCCGAUAUCGAUGCUGAGGGCUUUACGGAGCUUGAGAAAACCGAAGAGGUUAUCUUUACCUACUUCUACGACCAUGCUGCUACUUCCGAGGACUUUGCCGCCCUCGAGAGAAUCCCUCUGAGCCUCAUUGGCCAUGCCAAGCUGGUCAAGACGAAUGAUCCUGAGCUUUACAAGCGCUUCAAGAUCACCACCUGGCCAAGAUUGAUUGUCUCUCGCGAGGGACGCCCGACUUAUUACACACCUUUCACACCCAAUGAAAUGCGCGAUUACCGUCGUAUUCUUGAUUGGAUGAAAUCAGUCUGGCUUCCACUAGUACCUGAGCUUACUGCCACCAACGCUCGCCAGAUCAUGGAGAACAAGCUUGUCGUGCUAGGAAUUUUGGAGAGAAAGGACGGCGAUCCAGAAACUAUUCAGAGCUCGCUACGCGAAAUGAAGAGCGCUGCCAAUGAAUGGAUGGACCGCCAGAUUCAGGAAUUCCAGCUUGAGCGCAAGAAGCUUCGAGAUGCCAAGCAGAUGAGAAUCGAAGAAGCCGAAGACCGAAACGACGAGCGUGCUUUGCGAAGCGCCAAGUCGAUUCGCAUCAACAUGGAUAAUUCGAACCGCAAAGAGGUUGCCUUUGCUUGGGUUGACGGCAUUUUCUGGCAGCGUUGGCUCCGCACCACCUACGGCAUCGACAUCAAGGACAAAGAUGGCGAGCGCAUCAUCAUCAAUGAUGAAGCCAGUCGCAAGUACUGGGACACUACCGUUACUGGCAAUCACAUUCUCGUCAGCCGCACGUCCAUCAUGGAGACUUUGGACAAGAUUGUCUAUGGACCCCAAGUCAUCAAACCCAAACUAACUAUCUCGUUCAUCGAGAAGAUUUUCUUUGACAUUCGCGUCACCUUCCGAGAUCACCCAAUCCUGUCCCUCCUUAGCGUGUGCGGUGUUGCCUAUGGUGCCUUGACAUGGUUCCGUGCUCGCAAGGGCCGCCGUGGCGGCCACUUCCGUCUAGAUGAUUCCCUCAGUGGCAUGAGGGAAUACAAGGAUGGCCUGUUGGGCGGUAGUGUCAACGGAAACACAAAGGCUGACUAA